CUCACUGCGAACCGGCUGCGGCGACUGGAGUACUUUCCGUGGAUCGAAACAUGGGAGAUGAUCGGGCUGUCAUAAUACCGACAGGAACCGUCUGCAGCCCAGGCGCUGUCCUGUCAGUGAUCUGUCCUUCCAGCAGUACCCCGGCAUGGUGCCAGAUAAUGAACACAACGCGAGCUCCCGCAUCACUUAUGGUGCCUUUAAAAAAUACAACAGAGCUCACCAAUGGAUCAAACCUAAACUUUGCAGAGUCUUUUGGAAAUAAGUACAAUCUCUAUAUUGGGCUGGCGUUGGCCAUCGGUUCCAGUCUUUUCAUUGGAUCAAGUUUCAUAAUGAAGAAAAAAGGCCUUUUGCGAUUGGCUGAAAAAGGAGUCGCCAGAGCAGGUCAAGGUGGAUUCUCGUAUCUGAAGGAAUGGCUGUGGUGGGCAGGAUUGCUUUCAAUGGGUGCAGGUGAAGCCGCCAACUUUGUUGCAUAUGCGUUUGCCCCGGCAACUCUGGUGACUCCUCUUGGCGCACUUAGUGUCCUUAUAUGUGCCGUGUUAUCAUCUUAUUUCCUGAAUGAGAAGUUGAACAUUCACGGGAAACUGGGCUGUCUUUUGUGUAUUUUGGGAUCUACAAUGAUGGUCAUUCAUGCUCCUCAGGAAGAGGAGGUCACCUCUCUGCAUGAAAUGGAGAUUAAGCUAAGAGAUCCAGGCUUCAUUACUUUUGCUACGCUGGCGUUUGUGGCUUCAUUGCUGCUGAUACUUUUGGUUGCCCCAAAGAAAGGCCAAACAAAUAUACUGGUGUAUAUUGCCAUCUGUUCCAUUAUAGGAGCAUUCUCAGUGUCAUCUGUGAAGGGACUGGGCAUUGCCAUUACUGAAUUAAUUGAGAAGAAGCCCGUUUACAAAGACCCACUCGUCUUCAUCUUAUUGUUUACCUUGGUAGUCUCUGUGAGUACACAGAUCAAUUAUCUCAACAAAGCUCUGGAUGUGUUCAACACCUCAAUGGUGACCCCCAUUUAUUACGUCUUUUUUACCACUAUGGUGGUCACUUGUUCUGUAAUACUGUUCAAAGAAUGGAACAGUAUGAGUGCCAGUGAUAUGAUUGGAACAUUGAGUGGUUUCAUUACCAUUAUUGUUGGUAUCUUCCUCCUACAUGCUUUUAAGAACACUAACAUUACAUGGAGUCAGAUCACUUCCAGUGUAAAAAAAGAAAAAUACGGGCUCUAUGAUGACCACGAAGAUCAACACAGCUUGCUUGGGAGUACCGAUGGUUCAUUGCUGACACUUGAGGAUGAAAAUGCCAUCUCCAGUAGAGCAAAUCAAUUCAAAUAGAAUGUUUCCUUGGCUAAAAACUGAUGCUAUCCUACAUGGCAUAUUCUACUAUGUGCCUAAUUUGUUUACUGUGCAAAGUUUGGGGCUUCAAGAUGGAAAUAUAUAAAUACUGUAUAUAUAACUAGGUAAAUACUUAUGUUAUGGUUCACAUUUUGUCAUGUGAUGUCCUUCUGGAUCACGGUUUUGUUUUUAUAUAAAUGAAAAGGAAAUUGACUAACAAUCCAUGUACAAGCUACAUAUUUCUAGGGAACUGGGCUAUUUGUCUUUGGCAUUUGCCUUUUAUGCCAGAUGGCCUGUCCAAGCUUGAAGGCAAUUUAUACUUCUUUUUGUAUAGGCAUUUUGCAAAUAAAUCUGAGCCUGGACUGAUCAGAUUAUAUUCAUUAUAUGGCAGAUUUGAAUUUUAUCUUUGAAACAGCAAAGAUGCUCAAUUGCUCAUCAAGGUGCUAACAAAAAAUUCACUGCUUGCCUUAAU